AAGAAGGAAGAAGAGAAGAGGGAGCGCGGUUGAUAGUGUCUCACUUUGAUACACAUCACGUUUAACAUUCUUUCAUUUUUCCUUCUCUUUUUCAACUUGUAUACCACAUCACACUCCUUUUCUUCAACAUCAAUCAAUCAUCGCCAUGAUGAAGUCUCGACGAACUCAGCGAUCCAAGUCUCUCCCUAACAAUCAAUCGCCCAAGAGGUCAUUCUUUUCCAUCAUUUCUCGCCGGCUUUCUCUUAGUUCCAGACGACACGCCAACUCUGUUCGCUUGUAUGAUGACAGUGAAGAUGAUGACACCAUCCAAGUGAUUCCUCAAGAGGUUCCACCACCCACACAAUCUCGUUUUUCUAGACGAGCCUCCCGCUUCUGGUCUACCUCAGCUGCCAACCAAUUCGACGACGAUGACUCUUCGCCUCAAUCGCCCACAUAUCCCGCCUAUGGGGGCGCUUAUGUUCCCCGACACGCCGCAAGCGACUUCUCAAAGACAGCUUCUAACCGCCUCACCAUGAUGGCUGAGGCAGAUGAGACAACCCUCUGCUCAUACAACUUUCGCACCAACAGGACUACCAGAAGCUUCGGCACAGACGACGAGCUCGAUGUGGACCAUCGGGAACGAGCCCUCACUGCCCUGACUGCUAGACGUAGUAUCGCCCUCUCGAGCGAAUCAAGCAGUGAGAGCACCAACGACUAUACUCUCUUCUUGGCCGACGCUGCAACUGGCUCAGAUGCCCGACGCCGAAGGUCAGCUGCUGCAUGGGCUGAGCUCGAGCACAGAGCAACGGCUGCGAGUCGAAGGACCAGCGGCACGGAUUUCCCUAUGGGUCGACCGGGGCGCACGCAGAGUAGUUAUCUGGGCUUGCCUGGCAGUGCAUAUGACUCUUCAAGGCCAGCAAGCUCAGUUGCUGUGAGCAUCACCGAGUAUAUCAGACCAGCACAGACUGGCAGGGUUUGGUGAUGGUUCUGUUCCCAGAGUACAAAAACCAAGUAUGAGAUGUGACAAAUGACUGGGUGGAAAUCUUCGUUAGGCGUUAUUGGGCAGGCGUUAUAUGCAGUAUCAGAGUGUAAAUCUGGCUAGGGUUAUCCAGGUGAAACCCAAAUGGCUUCUGACCACGAGCGCGACUGCGCACACAUGCGACCAGAAUAAACCACGUUCUCUUUUGAUCAGUCAGUUCGCGAGUCAGCCCAGUUCAAGCGGCCAAAUAUCGGUAUACGUUGUGCAUGUAUCCACGACCUGGG